AUGUCGUGGUUCUGGGGCUCUGCGACCAACACACAAUAUGAGGAGCUUGUAGAAAAAGCAUGCUCGUCUCUCAAUCUCCCUUAUCCGCAAUCUGAAGACAUUGCCCUCAAUCUCGAGAUUACCGAUAUGAUCCGCUCAAAGGCCGUACAGCCCAAACCUGCGAUGCAAAGUCUGAAGAGGAGAGUGGCGGAUCAGAAUCAGAGGGUGAAGAUGUAUGCCAUAGGGCUGAUAGAUACCUGCAUCAAGAAUGGUGGAGAUCAUUUUCUAGCUGAGAUAGCAAGCAAGGAGUUUGUAGAUGAGAUGUCGGGCUUGAUACGCUCACCAAUAACCAACGCCGAGGUCAAGCAGAUGGCUCUGAAGCAUUUCCAAGCUUGGGCUCUGGCUUUUGAAUCAAAGCGAGAGCUAGGCUUUUUGGUUGAUGUGUACCGUGAACUCAAAUCCUCAGGCAAACCUUUCCCUCCUCCUCCAUCUCAAACCUCAUCUCAUCUCCUCGACACCACGACUGCACCUGCCUGGAUAGACUCGGACGUCUGCAUGCGCUGUCGUUCAGCUUUCACAUUUACGAACCGCAAACACCAUUGCAGGAAUUGCGGUUUGGUGUACGAUCAGGCCUGCAGUAGUCGGACUAUGCCAUUGCCAAAGUUUGGAUUCAAGGAGCCUGUCAGAGUAUGCGAGGCGUGUUAUCUUAAGAAUGGCAAGGUGGACGCUCCGAAUGGCCCUCCGCCGGCCGUUCCUGGCAGAACACCAAGAACGAGGAAAGACUUUGAUGCAGAUCUGCAACGGGCGAUUGAGCUCUCGCUCCAGGAAUCCCAGCCUCAGGGCCGUGCCUUCGUCGGUUCUGAGCCUCCUCUCGCGGCGAAACCUGGCACAGUGGAGGAUGAUGAUGAGGAGCUAAGACUGGCGAUCGAAGCCAGUCUGCGGGAGAUGGAGAAGGAACGUCCAAGCGCACCAGAAGGGGCAGAGGAGCCCGAUUUCAAACCAUUACCGACAUUUGAUCUUUCUGCUCGGGAGACGGAGACCAUACUAACUUUCUCUAACACCAUGGAUCAGAUGACGGCGUAUGGCGAGAGGGAUUUGCAUCGCUUCCCGCAUGGUCAUGUCUUGGCACAACAAGCUCAUGCUCUGAGUGGGAAGCUACAGCGCAAUGCCGAGGAAAAGAUGACGAAGCAGCAAAUGCUCGCGGAGAUGCAAGACAAAUUAUCUCAAGCCGUCACUUUAUAUGGUCAAAUAUUGGAUGGGCAACAAGCAUAUUCUGCCAAACGAUAUCAAGAAGCACAGCAUCGGCAAUACACCGCACCGUAUUACCCUUCUUACAACCCGCCUCAAGCCUACCACCCACAGAUGAACGGUCACGCAUCUCCCUACCCUUCUUACGUACCUCCCCAAGCCGAGUCAAGCAGGAACGGACCUUCCCUUUAUCCCUCCAUGCCGAACAUGACCAGCCCAGAACCCGCACCAUCGCAAAACUAUCAUCCACCUCAACAAUCCUACCAAUACGAUCAGUAUCGGCCUAGUGCAGCGAUCAACGCCCCUCAGCCUCCUGCUGCUCAACGAUGGUCAGCACCAUCGCAGCCACAGCGGUCAGAGUCGUACCGCUCUUUCCAUGCAGAAUCAGCGCCUCAAAUGACCCCCACGGAGGUUUAUAAUACAUCCCCUCCGAUGAUCCUUUCGGCCCCCCCGCCAGUCGACCAGACUUCCCAUCCGACCUCGCCCAUCGCUAGCGUCCAUACGGUGCUCCCCUCUCACCCCCAAGCUAGCUCUCCCACACAGACCAAUCACGCCCCAUUACCACCCGUCGCGGCGACCUCUGAAGGGGCUUAUCAAGCUCAGAUUCAGCCGCAACAAGCUCAGUCAUACCAAUACGAGCAACAGCAUAAUCAAAAGGCAUUUCACUACCCACAGCAGCAACAGCAGCAACAGCAGCAGCAACAGCAACAGCAACAUCCUGCUCAGACUGCUCCGCCUCAUACGUACAGCGUCAACUCGUUCCCCUCGGCUCCUUCCGCCGUCUUUCCAGAUGCGCCGAGCGCAGCUCUGCAAGAACAGCCAAAGGAGGAGGCAUUGCUGAUCGAGCUUUGA